AUGGAAGUGUUUUGGAAGCAGGAGGAGCAAUUUGAAGGUUUAGUUGUACUGAUGGGCGGGUUUUAUCUAUUGAUGACACUAUUGGCAAUCAUCGGCAACCGUUUUGGCGACUCUGGCCUCAGCGAUGUAGCUGUGCACAGUGAGGUGAUAGCUGAAGGCUCAAUUGACAGCGUUCUAAACGGCAAGCAUUAUAACAAAGGAAUUAGACUACACAAGAUUAUGUAUGAGGCGAUGAUCAAGCUACUUUUAGGCCACUUUGAAGCUUGUUUGCGUGAGGAUUCGUUAGAAUUGCUAAGUGACCAUAAAAGGCAGUUGGAUCAGCUCAAGCUCAAUCUUUGUCAAGAAGAUAUCAUGCAGGUCCUGGAGAGCGAGCUGCUACAGCAAUAG